CACGAAACAUGCUUAAAUAGCCCGUCCCCUCCCUAUAGCAAGUCAAAAAAGCAAGCAAACAGCUCUUGUUCUCUUCUUACUCUACACACACACACACACACUCUCUCUCUCUCUCUAUCUAUCUAUCCAAGACCAUGCCAAGCACAGGAGCUUUUAUUACUUUGGGUGCAGUGGGUGCUGCUGGUGCCGCAGCAUUGAUGAACAAGCGACGAAAUUCUGCGUCGGCAGAACAGCAAGUGCAAGACAAACCAGUUGACAAUUCUCCACAUGCUAUGGCUCGACGUCGGUCUACCGUUCAAAAUGACCUGUACGAGGCCCGUAAACAGGCUGACCACUUCUGGCGACGCGAUUAUGGCGCAAAUUUUUCACAUAAUUCAAAGGCCAAAUUCCCUAUGAACAGCAACACUAAGCUUGAAUGAAAAAUAAAAUGCAU